AUGGUUUUGGGUUGGCGGAGAGCUUUCUGCACAUCAAUCUUAAAGGAUGACUCGCCGAAACCCGACCCGAGACCCAGGAUCCGACCCACCAGGCUCCGCGGCUUAUUCUCCGAGCCUUCAACCCCUCGCCCUGUGACGAGCCCCACUCUCCGCUGCAGAACCGCCGCGUCCGCUGCUCCUACGCCGCCGCCGGCGCCGGGUGAUGAGGGCCCGCAGAGCCCGAAACUUAAAUGUAAAACCAAAAGCAGCCCAAGAUUUUUCCACCGCUCGGCCCCUUCUUCACCUCGUUCCCUCUCUACCUUUUCCCGUCUCAAAUCUAGCCUGCGCCUCUCAAAGAGUAGAUGCGGAAUAUGCUUGCAGAGCAUGAAAACAGGGCAAGGGACGGCGAUAUUCACGGCGGAGUGCGGCCACGGCUUCCACUUUCCGUGCAUCACGGCGCGGCCUUCUCCCACGUGCCCCAUCUGCGGCGUCACGUGGAAGGAAACGCACCUCUUCACCGCCAACAACCUCUGUAAACGGGCUUCAGAUUCAAUUUGCAGAGAUUUGAGCUCGAAAAACGAUAAGCGCUGCGUGUUGAAGGUUUACAAUGACGAUGAACCACUUUCUUCCCCGACUUUCGGCGCCCGCUUCAACCCCAUUUUCGAGUCCGACGAGACGGAAGAAGAAAAAGAUGAGUUCCCGGGAUUCUUCCCCGCCGGCGAUGAUACGAAGGUGAAAAGCGUUGAUGUGACGCUGCUGUCAGAAGCGGCGGUGAUUUCGGUCGGGAAGACGAGCGAGACGCACGCUGUCAUGCUCAAAAUCAGGGCUCCACCGGCACCGAUGCGGAGGCCGCCGGUCGAUUUGGUGGCGGUGCUCAACGUCAGCAGGAAUAUGAACGCCGACAUGCUCCGGCUGAUGAAGAGGGCUAUGCAGACGGUGGUGUCGUCCCUAUCCGCCGCCGAUCGCCUCUCCAUCGUUGCCUUCUCUAGCACCUCGAAACGGCUGCUGCCGCUCCGGAGGAUGACCGCCGCCGGCCGCAGGUGCGCGCGGAAGAUCAUCGGCGCCGUCGUUGCGCUGGAAGACGGCGCCGGCGACCCCUGCUCCGGCGACGCUGUCAAGAAGGCCGUCAAGGUCCUCGAAGACCGCCGCGAGAGGAACGCCGCCGCCGGCAUCAUGCUUUUCAACGACGGCCGCCGCGGCGAGAAGAUCGUGACAUUCACGCGCUUCUCACACGGGGACAUCCCCAUCCACUCCGUCAACCUGAGCGCGUGCCUCAACUCUCCGCCCGACUACACCGUCGGGAAGCGUAUCACCGACUGCAUAGGUGUGGCCGUUCAGGAUCUCAGAAUUCAAUUAGGGUUCGCGCCGGGAUCGGCCCCCGGCGAGAUAUCGGCAGUUUACUCUUAUGCGGGGAGGCCCGCUUUAAUCGGAUCCGGGUCCGGGUGGUUCCGGGUCGGGGACCUCCACCCGGAAGAGGAGAGAGAGUUGCUUAUAGAAUUAAAAGUCCCAUCAUCAUUGGGCGGGGCCCAUCGCCUCCUGACCGUUCGGUGCUCCCACAAAGACCCGUCAACUCUCAAGACCAUAUGCGACAAAGUGGUGGUGCGCUCUCUCCCACGCGCCGUCGGAUCUUCCACGCGCGAUAUACAGUGGAUGAAGUACCUUUUCGUGAGCACACGCGCCGUCGCGGAGAGCAGGAGGAUGGACGAGAGGGGUGACAUGGUCGGCGCCCGCCGCAUGCUAGCCUCCGCCCGGGCUCUGGUUCUGCAGUCGGGCUCUGGCUCGGAGUUCGUGCGCGGGCUGGAGGCUGAGCUGGCGGAGCUGAACCGGUCGACCGACGGUGGCGAGAGGGCGGAUGCGAAAGCUGAGCCGCUUACGCCAACGUCGGCUUGGAAGGCGGCUGAGCGGCUGGCUAAAGUGGCCAUCAUGCGCAAGUCUCUCAAUCGAGUCAGCGAUCUACACGGCUUCGAGAACGCGAGAUUUUAA